UUUCGUUAGUAUACAGUUUCAAUCGUCAUAUGUAACGCUUGUGUUAUCAAAGUUAUCAUUAUGAACUUUAUAUCUUAGUGUACAGUGAUAACAUUUUUGUUAGUAAAUAUUUAGCCUGUAUUUUAGGAUAUGAGCAAUAAUUGAAAUUAGUUAGUGCGUUUAAUAAGUGCAAUUAUUUGAAAGGUUUAUAACACCAUGAUCGUUAUCUUAUUAAUAAGCACGCUAUCCUGCUUACUCGUAUGGAUAUACCUGAGAUGGACUAAAGUGAGGUCGUACUGGGCUGACAGGAGGGUUCCUCAUGAGCUACCUCAUCCUAUAUGGGGAAGCCUCACGUUCCUUCAAAAGAAAAAUGCGGGAAUAUGGAUGAAAGAGAUGUACUCCAGAUUCUCCUCCCCCUACGUGGGCAUCUGGCUGUUCUGGCGGCCGGCGCUCAUCGUCAACUGUCCGGAGAUCGGGAAGAGGAUCCUGGUCAAAGACUCCGAUGUCUUCAGAGACAGGUUCCUGGGUUCAGGCAAGAAUGAUCCAAUCGGCGGGCUCAAUAUUUUCACGAGCAACGACCCUUUGUGGACUUCAAUGAGGAAACGUCUAACUCCAGUGUUCACAUCGUCCAAACUCAGAUCCCUACAUGGGCUCCUGAGUGCGAAAUCUAAGCAGUUGGAGCAGCGCAUUCGAAGCGAUGUUAAAGCCGGUGACACUAUUAAUUUGAGGAUGGUGUAUUCAGAUUUCACAACUGACGUGAUUGGAAUCUCCUCUUUUGGGGUAGACAGCAAUGCUACCUCCAAAGGGGAGAGUCACAUGAGGACGGUGACCAAAGACUUCAUGACGUAUAAUUUUUGGAGAGGGUUGGCUUGGUCAUGCAUAUUCUUCUUUCCCGAGUUGGUUGAUGUUUUUGGGUUUACCAUGUUCCCGAAGAAAGCAACGGAUUAUUUCAAGAAAGUGUUUCACUCCAUAGAAGAACAAAGAAGGACUGAAGGGAGUGACAAAAGAGACCUGAUGGACGCACUGCUGAAAAUAAAACUGGAAGCAGAGGACACUAAUGAAGGAAUAACCGAGGAUGCUAUUAUUGCGCAAGCGGCUAUCUUUUUACAAGGAGGCUUUGAUACGUCAGGCUCAGCUCUUACAUUCACUACGUACGAAUUGGCUUUCCACCCUGAAGUUCAGGACAAGUUGUACCACGAGAUAGUAGAACUGAAACAAAGAAUCGGGAAUAAGGACUUCCACUUCGAUGAUCUCGUUAACUUGACGUAUAUGACCUGUGUCAUAAAUGAGACACUAAGAAAAUAUCCGCCAAUGGGUUUCUUAGACCGGAUCGCAGCCAAAGAUUACAAAAUAGAUGAGAACUUAACAAUUCCCGCGGGAACCCCGGUCUAUGUCAAUGCUAUUGGCAUGCACGUGGACCCCAAAUACUUUCCAGAACCUGAGAAGUUCAAUCCUGAUAGAUUUCUGCCUGAGAACGAAGAAGACAUUCAACCCAACACAUAUUUGCCAUUUGGAGAAGGUCCAAGAGUGUGUAUAGGCAUGCGCUUCGCCAACUACACCAUGCGGUAUGCGCUGGCGUCGAUUAUCCUGAAUUUCGAAUUGCGCCCUCUACCGGACGCCCCCAAACCUAAGGACGUGGAAAUUGAAAAGAUGGGCAUUUUUUACAUGCCUUCCGGUGUAAUGUCGGUUGAAUUUGUACCUAGGAAUUAAAUAAUUUUAGUAAAAGUA